AUCACCACAGCGCCGGAAGUAAACCGGAAGUGGGUGCCAGGGGUGUGCUGCAACGGUGUGAGUGGGUGGGAGACCCAGCGCUAAGACAAGAGGGGCAUGCGCUGUAAUUGGGGGUCCGCCCCACUCGCCCCCCAAGACAUGAUUUCCCUAGCCCAGUAUGACUUCUAGGUCGCCCGUGGCUGCAGGUCAGGCUGGGUAAAGGUGUGCUUCAGGGUUUAGUAGCUUGCGCUGGGUUCCUUCCUUGGGAGGUGGGAAAGCAGGGCCCCCAGAAGGCAGCCAUGGAGAAAAUGGCCAGGGUGACCACUGCCCUGGGGGGCAACACCAUCACCGGGCGGACCAUGUUCUGCCACCUCGACGCCCCUGCCAACGCCAUCAGCGUGUGUCGGGACGCUGCCCAGGUGGUGGUGGCCGGGCGCAACAUCUUCAAGAUCUACUCCAUCGAAGAGGACCAGUUUGUGGAGAAGCUGAACCUGCGCGUGGGCCGCAAGCCCUCCUUGAACUUCAGCUGCGCCGACGUGGUGUGGCACCAGAUGGACGAGAACCUGCUGGCCACGGCCGCCACCAAUGGCGUGGUGGUGACCUGGAACCUCGGCAAGCCCUCCCGCAACAAGCAGGACCAGCUCUUCACCGAGCACAAGCGGACGGUUAACAAGGUGUGCUUCCACCCCACGGAAGUGUACAUGCUUCUCAGUGGCUCCCAGGAUGGCUACAUGAAAUGCUUUGACUUGCGCAAGAAAGAUUCUGUUAGUACUUUCUCAGGUCAGUCGGAAAGUGUGCGUGACGUCCAGUUUAGUAUCCGCGAUUACUUCACUUUCGCUGCAAGCUUUGAAAAUGGGAAUGUUCAGCUCUGGGACAUCCGCCGCCCUGACCGUUAUGAGAGGAUGUUCACAGCCCAUAAUGGGCCUGUAUUCUGCUGUGACUGGCAUCCGGAAGACAGGGGCUGGUUGGCCACAGGGGGCCGUGAUAAGAUGGUGAAGGUCUGGGACAUGAACACCAACCGGGCCAAAGAGAUCUACUGCGUGCAGACCAUCGCCUCCGUGGCAAGGGUCAAGUGGCGCCCAGAAUGCAAGCACCACAUUGCCACGUGCUCGAUGAUGGUGGACCACAACAUCUACGUGUGGGACGUGCGGCGCCCCUUCAUUCCCUCCGCCAUGUUUGAGGAGCACAAAGACGUCACCACGGGGAUUGUGUGGCGCCACCUCCACGACCCUUACUUCCUCCUCUCAGGCUCCAAAGACAGCACCCUCUACCAGCACAUCUUCAAGGACGCCAGCCAGCCUAUCGACCGCGCAAACCCUGAGGGCCUUUGCUACAGCCUCUUCGGGGACUUGGCCUUCGCCGCCAAAGAGAGCCUCAUCUCCUCCUCCGAUUCCAACCGGAAGCCCUACGUCGGUGACCGGCGCCACCCUAUCUUCUUCAAGCGCAAGCUGGACCCCACGGAGCAGUUCGAGUUCAUCUCGUCUUCCAGCGCCCUGAGUGUCUUCGAAGCCGACGCGGAGAGGGACUCCGGGAGCAUGGAGUGGUUUGUGCGGAUGGCCAAGCAGUAUGUGCUGGCCGGGAGGCCGCUGGCGGAGCUGUGCGACCACAACGCCAAAGUGGCAAAGGAACUCAAGCGCAACCAGGUGGCUCAGACGUGGACAAUGCUCCGGAUUAUUUACUCUAGCCCUGGCAUCGGGCCCUCUACAAACCUGAAUCACAGCAUAGGGAAGAGCAGCUCCAGCCUUCCUCUCAUGAAUAGCUUUAACGUAAAGGAUAUCCCCUCCGGGCUGGGCAGCGAGUCGAGGUUGGAGCGGAGCAAAGGAGAGAGUCGUUCUGAAAACAUCCUCAUGGAUUCUUCCUCCACUCUCAUCAACAAUGAUGAGAACGAGGAGACGGAAGGCAGCGACGUCCCUGCAGAUUAUCUCCUGGGAGAUGUGGAAGGAGACGAAGAUGAUCUCUACAUGAUGGAUCACGAGAAUCCCCAUACUGAGGAGCAAGAGUACAUCCUUCCUCAGGAAGCCUUUCCGCUGCGUCACGAGAUCGUGGACAACCCGUCGGCGCUGGACCACCUGCAGGACAAAGCCGACUCCCCCCACGUCAGCGGCAACGAGGCGGAGACGGUGUCCCUGACGCCCGUGGAGUCCUUCUCCCUCAUCUCCAUCUCGCACUCGCUGUACGAGAACCGCCUGCCGGCCGACUUCUUCAGCCCUAUUGUCCGCGACAUGCUGCUCUUCUACGCGGAGCAGGGGGACGUUCAGACGGCCGUGUCCGUGCUCAUCGUGUUGGGCGACCGGAUCCGGAAGGAGAUCGACGACCAAGCGCAGGAGCACUGGUACACGUCUUACAUCGACUUGCUGCAGCGCUUCCAGCUGUGGAACAUCUCCAACGAGGUGAUCAAACUGAGCACGUGCCGAGCCAUCCACUGCCUCAACCAGGCUUCCACCACCCUGCACAUCAACUGCAGCAACUGCAAGCGGCCCAUGAGCAACAAGGGCUGGAUCUGUGACCGGUGUCGGCAGUGUGCCAGCAUGUGUGCUGUGUGCCACCACGUGGUCAAAGGCCUCUUCGUCUGGUGCCAGGGCUGCAGCCACGGGGGCCAUCUGCAGCACAUCAUGAAGUGGCUGGAGACCAGCUCCCAUUGCCCGGCAGGAUGCGGCCACCUCUGCGAAUACACCUGAGCCGAAGGGUGCCUGGGAAGCAAAACUCAGCCUCGGGGCUGCUGAGAACUGGCCUCAGAUAGAACCAAACGUCUCUCCUCGCGGAGGGGAUAGAGAUACAGUUGCUGGCUUUUUGGACAGCUGAAUAAGAGCGGCCAGUGGGAUUGAUGCUGUGAAGGGAAGGUAGCUUCAUUACUGCACACAAAAGCAGUUCUGACACUCAGCGGGGGGCCGCCUUGGGAAGCAUCCCCUACCCAUUUUCUUCCCUGUUAUUUAUUUAUUUUAGUUGCUUCAUAAAUGGUUCACUGUUAUGGCCAUCCCACACAAGCUUGCUUUGUUAUAUAACAAGGCGACCCCACAGAGACGCCCAUGAGCCGAGGCCCCAUUUUUAUAAUGAAUUAGCACGAAACGGAAACAUCCCCACUUGUUAGUUUGUAUGGCUUUCCCAGCUCCUUUUCUGUAAAUGCACCUGGACCGUAAGUGGCUGGGCUACGGAGAGGCGUCUGGCUCUGUCCUCAAGGAGAGUUGCCAGAAUCUGUGCUCAGUGCUGUGAUUCGGAGCCAAACAUCUCCACUCGUUUCCAGCUCCCACGUGCAGAGCGCAAACCCUCAGGCAGAGAGAGAAGGCGGUGUUUUGUUAAGCAGUUUCAGGGUCUCCGUGCCAAAAUUCAAGACUGAUUUUUUUCUUUUAAUGCCCUAUGAGAGCGGGAGUUUUCAAAACUGGUCCUAAUGAGUCCUGUAGCUCAAGGAAAAGGUAGUUUUGUCUUCCAAGGGUGAUAAAUAAAGAAUACAGUUAGCAUUGA